UGUCACAUUAAACCAUAUAACCGUGGUAUUUGAUCAAAGAGUUAUGGGACACAUGGUGCCCGCGUAACUUUGCACUUAAGGAACAAUUACCCCGCAGUGAAAACAGUAAAUGCUUUCUCAACUGCAACGCCUGGGACUGCUUUUAAGUCGCAGGGUUAUUGGAACUCAAAACUACCCCACUUCCUAUUGCCCGGGCAGAAUGAGCAGCAGUCAGAGCGUUCGUGGCUCGGACACGGACAUCGUGUGGAUGGACUUGGAGAUGACCGGGUUGGACAUAGAAAAGGAUAAAAUCCUCGAAGUUUCCUGCAUCAUCACGGACAAGGACUUGAACGUAAGGUCGGAGGGUCCCUGCUUCGCCAUAAAUCACCCGCAGAAUGUGUACGACUCCAUGAACGAAUGGUGCAUGAAGCAUCACUAUGAAUCCGGUCUGGUGGACCGAUGUAAAAGCUCAGAAGUCAAGCCCGAACAGGCAUCCGAUCUGAUUCUGUCCUUUUUGGAGAAGAAUAUCCCUAAACGUGCUUGUCCCCUGGCCGGAAACUCCGUCUACAUGGACCGACUUUUCCUUCGAAAAUAUAUGCCUUUGGUGGAUGAGUACUUGCAUUACCGCAUAGUGGAUGUGUCCACCAUUAAAGAACUGGCCAAGCGGUGGCGUCCCGACGUCGUGAUGGCCGCUCCACAAAAGGUGUUCGCACAUCGCAGCCUGGAUGACAUUCUGGAGAGCAUCAGUGAACUCAAGUACUACAAAGCUAACCUUUUUUAGGUAGAAUUUGAACAGAUCUUGAGAUUUAUCGUUGCCUUAUUAACUUAAGAUUGUUUCUAUAUAUAAUUUAAUUGUUGUAUACAUAAUCUUAGUUGGUAGAUGCAAGUGUUCAACCUACUUUAAUUUAAUGUUGUAUAUUAAACGUAUAAAAUGUAUAAAAUCAUUUAAAAUUGCUUUUGAGGGACAUAAUCCAAACGCAGAUCCGCGGCAAUUAACAGAACACCGUUUGCCGGGACGAUCUUCAUUAUUAUUUUAAUGAAUGAAAGUUAUACCCGCAUCUCCUUCCCUUUUGCAAAAAAAAAAAGGAGAAUCAAAUAUGAUAUUGAUCUUAUGUAUAUUAUUAGCAAAUGCGUUGUGUAAAAAAAGAUGUACAAUAUCGUUUACUGAGUUUUCCGUAUGUGUACGGAGAAACAGAACUCUAUCAUAAGAAAUAAGAAUACGAUCGCAAUAAAGAAUUCAAUGCUA